ACCACACGCCCACACCUACCACCCACCGCGCCUAUGGCGAGCGCACAGCACCUUCCGCGCGAGAUUCUGCUGCUCAUCUUCUCGCACUGCUCUACCCUCACCCGCAUCCGCGCCCGCAGCGUGUGCAAGACUUGGCACGCCGCCGUGUCGGACCCGUACCUGUGGAAGACCGUCGCCGUCGCCGACAUGCUCAUCCCCUUCCCGGCCGUCGAUCACGCCUGGCUGAGCACCUUUGCCGAGGCCCCGUACCUGUCGGCCGUCACCACUGUCGACUUUUCGUUCUGUGUCGCCUUUGAUGGCCACAUGCUGGCCAAGCUCGCUUCGCUCAUGCCGCGGACGACCAGCCUCGUCCUCGAGGGCUGCACCGCUCUCGGUCCGUCCUCGCUCGCCCUCCUCGCUCCGCCGUCGUCGCACUUUCCCAGCCUCACCUCGCUCAACAUCUCGUCGAUUUCCAAGCUUAACAUGGGCAACGAGACGCUGUCGCUGCUGCGAAGCCUGCCGACUUCGCUCACCGCUCUUGAUCUCUCGCGCACCUCGCUGCUGUUCGGCUACCUUCCGCUCGCCCAUCUGACCAACCUCUCGUCGCUGAUCAUGCGUGCCUGCACCAGCACGGGGCUGAGCUGGCAUGCCGCUCUGCCUGACUUUAGUCCUGAUCAAAUGCUCUCGCCCUCGCUCACCGAGCUGUGUCUCGACGAGAGCCGCGGCUUCAACAGCAGGCGGAUCACUCAAGCCCUCACCCACGUCACCGCACUGAAGACGCUUUCUGUUCGCCGCUGCAGCAGCUUUUCGGGGACGGCCAUUGCAGACGUGCUCGCGCAGAAUCCAAACAUCAACAAGUUGGUCGCCGAUAACCUCUCAGUUGGCGACCAGUUCGCGCAACACCUCGCUGCAACUUGCAGCUCGCUCACCAGCCUCGCGCUCUCGUUUACAAGCGUGACCGAUGUUGGCUUCACUCAUAUCGCCGAUGCUAAUCCCAAACUCCGCCUGCUCAACGUUCAGUUCUGCUCGCUUAAUCCAGCGCUGUUCAGCUCACUCGUGGUGAGGCUCCCGGCCCUCACCUCAAUCACUCUCUCGCGGUGCCAUGUGCCGACAGACGGCAUCUUUGCCAUUGCUGACUCGUGCCACUUGCUCCAGCACAUUGACCUUGACCCAGCGUUUGUCGAGGCCCACGCCAUAUACUAUCUUGUCGAGCAGGCUCGUGACUUGGUCCGCAUCAACGGAACGCCUAUCGACGACCGCGACGCGUGGUCUAUCAUCACUGGGGACACGCCCAUCACGCCCAACUCGAUACAUGCCGUCCGUCUUAAGGAUGGAGUCAUUGGCGUCGAGCUUGGACUUCGCUUCCCAGAUUUGGACCUCGAUCCGGCCAAGCUCUUUGGACUUGCGCCGCUCCCGUCGCUCCGCAGCAGCUCGACAUCCGGCGCGGCGCUGCCUACCUCUGCACGCGCUGCCGAUCGCGGCGUCCAAAACUUUCCCUUUCGUCCAACACGUGUCAAGGACUCCUCACGUGAUACCAGCGUUGUCAUCCACUGCAUCGUUGCCCAGGAACCGUACCGCGACCGGGCGGUGUCGUUGGAGGAGCUGCGCGCGCACUAUUACGCUUGUUACGCCAACGCUGCGUGCCGCCCGAUUGCCUGGACCACCGUGGCGGCGGCGCUCGAUGACAAACCGGCUUUGCCAUCGUAA